CUCGAUCCGCGAGCACGGGCCGCGCGCCUAGGGCUUCGCAGCAGAGCGCCGAGCAGUCGAUCGCGUCCCUGCGGCAGCCCACGCCGCCGCCGCUCGGGGCUCCAUCUUCCUGUGCGGAGGCCCCUGACCCGCCAUGGAGCGUGCGUUCACCCCGCUGGAGCCCCUGCUGCCCGCUGGAAAUUUGAAGUACUGCCUUGUGAUUCUUAAUCAGCCUCUGGACCAGUGUUAUCGUCAUCUUUGGAACAAAGCUCUUUUGAGAGCCUGUGCUGAUGGAGGUGCCAACCGCUUAUAUGAUAUCACCGAAGGAGAGAGAGAAAGCUUCUUGCCUGAAUUCAUCAGUGGGGACUUUGAUUCUAUUAGGCCUGAAGUCAGAGAGUACUACAGUGUUCAGGGAUGUGAACUUAUUGCAACUCCUGAUCAGGACUACACUGACUUUACCAAGUGCCUGCAAGUGCUUCAGAAAAAAAUAAAAGAAAGAGGCCUACAGGUUGAUGUCAUUGUGACGCUGGGGGGCCUUGCUGGGCGUUUUGACCAGAUUAUGGCAUCUGUGAAUACCCUGCACCAAGCCGUUCACAUCAUUCCCGUGCCAACUAUAAUAAUACAAGAGGAAUCGCUCAUCUACCUCCUCCAACCAGGAAAGCACAAACUGCACGUAGACACUGGAUUGGAAGGAGAUUGGUGUGGCCUGGUUCCUGUUGGACAGCCUUGCAGUCAGGUGACGACGACAGGCCUGAAGUGGAACCUCACAAAGGACAUGCUUGGUUUUGGAACCCUGAUCAGUACUUCUAACACCUAUGACGGGUCCAGUGUGGUGACUGUGGAAACGGACUGCCCGCUCCUCUGGACCAUGGCCAUCAAAAUCUGAGCCCCUACCGGCCUCCGUCAGCGUGCUUCCGCCAUACCUCGCCCGCCAAUAGUUUGCAUUCCUCCACAGGAAUAGCUCACUCGAGUUUUCAGGAAUCUAAACCCCCUCAUGGUUGGGGCUGGGGAGAUAGCUUAGUGGCACGAGCACUUGCUUGGCAAGCACAAGGUCCUGAGUUCAAUUCCUGGUACCACAAAAAAGAAAAGAGAAAUUAGCAAAACUCCCUCAUGGGAAGCCAUCAGUUUUAAAGCUGGUGGGAGACAGGGAUGUAGCUCAGUGGUAGAGAAUUCACUCCGCAUGCCUCAGGCCUUGGAUUUCAUCCACACAAUCACAAAAACAUUAAAUGAAAAGAUGUUAGAGUUUAGAUAGUCGAGGGAACACUAUCAGUGACAUAUCCCUUUCACAGAGAAGGAAAAUUGUAUGUCCUGACAGUAAAUAAGGUCUGGGGCGUUCAGUGAGAAAGCUAAUGUAGAUCAUCCCUUUAUAAAGUUCAGCCUUGUUUUAUUUGGUCAUAUGUUAGAAAAUUGUUUUCAAUUUCAAAUCAGAAAGAAACUCUUGUUGAGGCUCUUCUUGGAGUCUAGCACAUCCUUAAAUGCCUGGCACAAGGGCGCCCCUGCCUGUCUGCUCAUGUUAGAUUCCUCUGUAUAAUUUAUAUUACCUUUGAUCUAACAAAAAAAGAAAUCCUUCCAGACUGGUGUGUUAGAACUGCACCAUUUCAUUCUGCCUUAUUACUGUCUUUUGUGUUGUCUUUCAAAAAUAAGUCAAGAGUCAUUAAAGUAAUUAUUAUAUGUGAAUAGCAGUAGUUCCUUAUGCUGGGGGUGGAAGAGAAAUGAUGACUUAGGAGGCCCUACGAUAGUUAACCCCUAAGCUCAAAGGUAAGUGUGCUACACUCGAGUGGGAAUGGUCCUCAUCGUCACUGCAUCCUAGACUAAAAAAAUUGUGCAAAGGAAACGUGAACAUAAAAAAAUGAACUCGGGCUGAAAAAAAUAGUUUAGAGACUACAAGGUUUAUUCUAAUCAUCAGAAAAUGAGUCUGUCUGUGGGGAUAAAUGAAUACUGCAUACUGAGCCCAAGCCCAAAGCCUGUCUGCCAUGCUCCUGACUUCCCUGAACCCCUAGCCGAAAAUAGAAAGAGCUGGCAUCUGAGGCUCCUUCUGACGUUCACAUUCUCGGUCCUGACACUUAGUAGUUGUAAGGCAGAUAAUAUGCACUGUUACCAGCUUAGCCAGCAAACACAACCAAAUGUAGAGAAAUGUACUCAUGCUUCUUGUAUGAUGAGACCCUCCUGUCUUCUUCCUACCCUGUACGAUUGUACUUGACCAAAUCUUGGCAUACAACCACGAUAUAGGGAGAACCUGGCCAAUGUGUGUUACGUACCUACCAGGCCCACGUCAUUGUACAGAACGUGACCAAGUCGUUCCUUCUUGGUGCUGUAACGGUGCGUGGCUCAGGUUGUACAGGGAGACUGGAAAGGGAUCAGCUGAACUAGCGUACAGUUUUGAAUAGACGAUCAGCAGAAACGAGUUUUAAUUAUUUCAUGCAAAUAUGUGUGAGAUCAAAAUCCAGGUGGCAAAUAAAAAUAUUUACUCAUCAA